GAACGGUGUUCAUAUUGUCUGAAGUAAAUAUAAAAUUCUGUUCUUGUACUGUAGUAAGAACAUAUAUAUUUCUGCUUAGUAUUAUCUGAUCAAUAGAAACUCUAGUGAACGAUCAGAUGGUCUGCUCAGGACAGUUAACAAAUUAUUGAAAUGUAAAAAGGAUAUCCCUUGAUUCUCUGAUCAAGACAUUGUUUUUUCCAAGAACAGAUCGCGGAUUUUCUGUCAGAAGACUAGUUUUUCCGGCACUGGAACCGAAGUUCUUUGGCCAAAACCAUUACGGUAACUGCAUACUUUUUCCUUUGUUAUCGUAACCCAUUUGCAACAAACGAGCGUUGAUUUUUAACUACUAUUCAUUCCACACAAGAUCAACACCGUUCAUAUAAAAUAAAGUUCACGUUCACCAAAACAUUCGCGUUCACGUUCAAAAAACGUCAUAUUUAGAGUUCACGAUCAAGGAACGGCAACGUGCUUUAGCGUUCACGUUCAGGGCGUAACGCGAACAUACUUUAGCGUUACGUUCAAAGAGAAUGCUAAAAAGGAACACUGAACUUUUGCAGGCCUAGACUAGACGGUAGAAGAAACGUAUUGAUACGUCACCUUCUGUGUCUUGUAUCUCAGCCUCUCUAUUACUUCGUACUUUUUAAUACUGUUUCUUUGCAGCUGUGGCAGAAUCAAGGGGGAAAGCACGGAAUCCUGAAAUUCGAUGGAAUCUAGUAGAAUCCGGUGGAAUCUGGUGAACUCCGAUGAAAUCUGGUUGUUCCGAAACAGAACAUUUUUUGUUCUGUUUUGGAGAAGGGUUUCAGGGAAUCAAAGGAAAUCUUAUGGGUUCCAAGAGAAUCCUAUGGAAUCCUAGGGAAUCCGAAGAAAUCCUGGGGAAUCCUUGGAAUCCUAUAGAAUCAUAGAGAAUCCUUGGAAUCCAGAAGAAUUCAGAAUUCUAGGAUUCCGUGCUUCCCUCCUUGGACAGAACUAAACUAAACUAGACUUCAGCAUCCAUUUGGCGGAAAUAUUUUGAAAACUGAAAACACUCUUGUCAUUGUGCGCUUCAGAAACUGUGACAACUGGAACCUUAAAAAUGGAGUAGUGUCUACAAGAAAAGUACUUUUUUAGGAGAACACUGUUUCAGAGCAUCAAGUGACUCAUCUCUUCGUACAGUGCUAGCUAACAACCACAUGUAAGAAAAGAUUAACGACAUGAUAGAAACUUAUAUAAUGAAUUAUCUCGUAUUUUCUAGAAUCUUUUUACUAAAUUUCUGUUAUAUUGUAGGAUACCGUCCUGAUAGUACAAAUUCAUCUUAUAAUGAUAACAAUAACGGUGAAAGUGAUAGUAGUUCUUUUAAACACCCACCGCCCACACCAUAUUCAACUCGUUUGAUUAUCGAUGAAUUAGAGGCAAAUCUUCGAGAAAAAGUUCAAAAUAAUUUACACGAUGUUCGAACAAAAUUUAAAAAUGCGGAUGCCGAUGGUAACGGAUAUGUGUCGAGAGAAGCUUUGGAACACAUUAUUGCAGCAAUAUUCGGACCUUCAAAACAAAUUGGUCCCGGUCAAGUGGAUAAACUAUUGGAUCGAUUAAAUCUAAAAACACAAGGAAAAAUAAGUUUUGAAGAUUUUACACAUUCAGUACUCAAUGGUCAAAAUAUACCCGAUUGGAUUAGACAAUCACCUCGAAAUUUUAUGUUUGAACAACCAAAACGAACGGCAAUGCAAAUGUUCCUCAUACUCAAAGAAAAAGCCAGAACAAAGCAUCGAGAUUUAGUCUCAAUUUGUCCCGCAUUGGACGGUGGUCCAUCAAAUCGUAUAUUCAAAGCACCAUUUCAUAACUGGUUGAACGAAAUGGGAUACAAAAUGAAAGAUAAUGAAUUUGAUAAACUUUGGGACAAAUUUGAUACGGAUGGUUUUCAUGCUAUUAAUAGCGACAAAUUCAUCAAACGUUUAACAAAUGAUCCAAUAACAGAAGUAAAUCAACCAUCAACAGUUUAUUCACCUCGAUCACAUCAUAAAGAUGAAGAAAUCCGAAAUUCAUAUUCGGACACAAAUAUUGAUCAGAUAGGACAGCAUGCACCACACAUAGCUCAUAAUCAGACUUUAAAUGAAAAUCAAAUUCAGAAUUGGCUUAGUUUUAAAUUUCCCCAAGGUUUUGAUCAGUUAGAAAAAUCCUUUGAAAACAUUGAUGUAAAACAAAAUGGAAUGAUUCCCCGGGAUCGUUUUCUAGAUGAACUAAAAAAGUUUGGUUUGAAGUUAGAAUCAUCACUAUUAGACUUUUUUCUUAAACGAAUUGGCAUCGAUGUUAAAGGUGAAAAAAGUGCAAUACCAUACAAGGAUGUUCUACGAGCAUUCAAGACACGCAUCCGUGAUGAUCUGAAUGAAGAAAAAUAUUUGCCAAUCGAAAAACAACUUCAUGAAUUGUUGAAAUUGAAAUAUUCUCAAACGUUGUCUGCAAUGAAAAAACUUGAUCGUACUCAAACAAACACGAUUUCAUAUCAAGAAUUUCGAUCGAUUAUCGAAGAUCUAUUGGAGUUUCCGUUAAAACCAGAUGAAUUUUAUCAGAUUUUGACACAUGUGCCGGAAGAUGAACAUGGAAAAAUCAAAUAUUCGGAAUAUUUGCAACAAUUCAAGAGUCAAUCAAUGGAGAAAGAAUUACAACAACAGAACUAUCGAGACCGACAAGAUCAAGAUGUCAAUAUUCCCGACUGGGAUUACAAGCGUAAUGAAGACAUUCGCGAGAGAUUGGAUGAUGAACAGGCUUAUAAUAAUCAUGAGCGAAAGAAAGCAAAAGAGAAAAAGCAACGUGAAGCAGAAUUAAACGACGAAAGUUCAGAUGGAGGCGCGAGAUCCUUUGAUGAAUUACGUGAAGUUAUCAAAACGUUGAUUCGUACUCGAUACAAAGAGAUUGAAGAUGAAUUUAAAAUAAUUGAUAAAAGUUCAUACGGAGAAUUAACUCAAAACAUGAUGUUCGAUCUGUUCAAAAAAUUAAAUAUCAAACCUCCGAUCACUCAUACUGAAAUAAAAUUAUUGUGGACUCGUUGUCAUUUAAAAGUGAAUAACAAUUUGGAUUUUUACCAGUUUUUGAGAGAAUUUGGCUAUACGAAACGAUCAGCAACAUAUCCAAAUGCAAAACGAAAUCCACCUCGCCGUGGUGACUGUGAUUUCUUAUUGACAUCAAGGAAACUGUAUGCAGAUAAUAUUCUCGUUCAUGGAUCGGCUCUAAAUGCUAUUCGUUCAAAUUGGGAUGAAUUACGUCGAGAAUUUACGGAAUUAGAUCCAUAUCGUACCGGCUACAUCAUGGGUGAAGAAUUUGAUGAUGUUCUGUAUGACAUAUGUCCAGUGGUUAAUCAAGAAGAUUUGGAAACAUUUAAAACGAAGUUUAAAACAGGAAACGAUGGAAGGAUACAUUAUGUCAAGUUUUUGAAAUAUCAUGCACCAAUACCUGAAAUGGUUUCUCAGAUCGACAAUAAUUUGUCAGUACAAGAAUCACCGAGAUCAUCGGCAGACAAAUCGAUUCUAUCUCAAGUCAUGAAUAAAUUAAGACGAAAACUAACUGACGAUUUCAAACCACUCCGACGUGCAUUUAAACAGCGUGAUGUUAAUAAUACGGGAGGUGUUCCUGUCCUUGUAUUCAAAGAUUUAUUAAAAAAAUUCAAAUCAGUAUCAUGGAUUGUGCUAGGCGAUGUUAAGAUAAAAUUUGGACUUUGGAGACUAUGUGAUUUUUCAUCAGGACAUAGUUUGUGUGGUGCGUGGAGUAGUCAACGUCCAACUACAUUAUCAUCAGCAGUUUUUCCAGGUACACCAGAUUAUAUUCGGGCUGCACAAGGUCUCGAAAUUAUCUCACUUAUCUUGUACCUUGUCGCUGGUGCAUUAAUCAUUAUUGGGGUUGUCUAUUAUGCUGCCCGACAGUUAUUUAUUGCUGCAGCUAUUAUGUUAGCGUUGUGUAUCAUAUUUUUAUCUGCUUCUCUCGGUGUUGUGGCUAAUCAAUCAUUUUGGCAUCAUAUGGGCAAUUUACAUUACGCAUGGUGGAAUGGACUCGUCGGUCUUAUCUUUACAAUUAUUUGUACAUUGUGUCUUGUUUUCCUAACAGUCUUUCUUUAUUCAACUUCAUCUCCAAAAGUUAUCGCACCAGGAACGAGUGGUAAAAAGAAUGUCAUGUCUAGUUACAACGCUACGCCGUCAUUUCCAUUUCCUCCCGUAAUGCAAACAGAUUUCGCCAACCAGGUGUAUGCUCCUCCUCCAGUAAUUAAUUCAUUAAGUUACAAUGACAAUCUAAUGUCGUAUAAUCCUCAAAUGUUCUCUGAGCCUCAACCUCAGCUUCAGCCUUCCCAACAAUUCGUGGAUCAGCAAGCUGAAUUUCUUGAUUUGACUUAUAUGAACUAUUUGUUAUCUCAGCAAAUUGUUCAACAGCACGAAGAGCUUCUUCAACAGCAACAAAUGCAAGGAAUACCACCCUCUAUGUCAACUUUUCAACCAUCUCUAGCACCACUUCAUAGACUUUAG